ACUCACACACUCAGCGACACCCUUACCUGAAGCGACUCUGCUGCUCCUCCGAAUCAGACCGUCCAAGACAGACAGUAACAGUAACGUAUUUGUGUAAAAGGACUCUUUUUCUGCAUAUUAUGGGACAACUUCUCCUGGCAUUGUGCACAAUCUGCGCGCUGCUCUCCGCAGUCAAUUCUCUGAGCUGCAAUUCUUGUUCUGGGAAGACUUCGUGUUCUUCGACAACUUCACAAACCUGCAGCAGCUCUCAAGCGUGCUUAACAAUAUCCACAGCAAGCAGCUUUCAGCAGUAUGGUUUUACUCCAAAUGGGUUUACUAAGAAAUGUGGUCCUCUGCUUCAAAACUGCAACCAAUUACUGAGCGCGAAGUUCACUGACAAACUUCGAGUGGAGGCCCGUAUUGAUUGCUGUGAGACAAACAAGUGCAACAAGGGUAGCUAUAAUGUUGCUGGUAAUUCAAGUAACUUUAAUGGGAAAAAGUGUCCAUCAUGCGCAAGUACUGGUAACUGUGGUACAGGCAUGGUCCAGUGUGUUGGAACACAAGAUCAGUGCAUCACAAUGACUGGGAGAGGAUUACAAGGUGCUGCAGUAACGCUGAAGGGAUGUGCCACAAAAAACAUAUGCGAUCAUUACUCUUUGACGACAGUCUGGCCUUUUUGGAAAAAUUUACAAGUAACUUGUGUUUCCCCUAAGGUCAAUCCUCUGAGCUGCAAUACUUGUUCUGGGACGACUUCAUGUUCUUCUACGACUUCACAAACCUGCAGCAGCUCUCAAGCGUGCUUAACAAUAUCCAGAACAAGCACUGGCUUACAGCAGUUUGGGUAG